CUCAAGGGACAAAUGUGCGACUGACGUGACGGGGCCUUAAUAAGCUGCUGCCGUGAUCGAAAGUUGUCUUUUAAACUUCCUGCGGGGAUCAUUAACCCACACAGUUUUCUCGGCGUGUUUCCUCACCGCCCUUCCAAAUUUAUCGUCUUCUGGAGAACAAAAGGUUGCAAGUGAAAAUGGCGCAGGUGGAAGUCCGAGAGGAGAGCACCAAAAAGCUGAUGGAGGAGAUCACGGAGGAGCAGUUCCUGAAAAAUCUUUAUCUUUUCAUGAAGAAGCGAGACACCCCGAUAGAGAGGAUCCCCAAUCUGGGCUUCAAGCAAAUUGAUUUAUUUUUGAUGUUCAAGACUGUCAAUGACUUGGGUGGCUACCAUCAGGUGACAUCUCAUCAGCUGUGGAAACGGGUUUACAACACGCUGGGAGGAAACCCCCGAAGCACAAGUGCAGCCACCUGCACACGCAGACACUACGAAAAGUUGCUUCUGCCUUAUGAGUGUCAGCUGAAAGGCAUAUUGAUGAGCUCCAUGUCGCAGCAUCAGUCGAGGCCCUACCGCGACCCCAAAGACAAUGAAGGCCAGAGGCCGUCCAAACGUGGCAUGGUAAACCACUACUUCCAACCGGACCCACAUGGGAAUAUCUACUCUCUACCUUUCCAUUACUACCCAACUGGGUGGUCAGCUCACCCAGUUCUGCCACAUUUUGUGUCUAUUCCGUCCGCUGUAAUACCACCACAUAUCCCCCCUCCUCCCAAGAUCCCAUGUCUCUCCUCCCACCCGACUCAUCAGGACAUGGUGAACAUGGUAAAAGGGCAUGUAGGUGACCUGCGUAGGCGGGCGAAGGAGUACAAGCACUCAACUGGAUUGUCAGCCUCUGAACCCCUGAACCUGAGCACGAAAGCUCCAGCUCGAGAGCCCGACACCGAUACUGACCCUCCCUCGUCAUUUGGCCCACCCUCGUCCAGCAAGACCCCAAAGUUUCUGAACAAGCCCUCCACGCUCUACGCCCCCCUUAGUGCAGGCACAAUAAGAAGCGACGGAACCGAGACGCAGGAGUCUGGCAAAGGUGUCCCGACCCUCUCCGAGUUUGAGAAGAAAGAGAGUAGCGACGCCGACGUCCAAGCCCCGACGCCCUCAGACAGCCCCCUAUUCAUUUCUGCUUUGACGCCGGAGCCAAACAAAGGCGUCCUCGAGAUGACACCGAAACCCGGCUCUCUGAAAGCAGACUUUCCAGUCCAGCUGCCAGAGGACAGAGAGGCCAGGACGGAAGCAGAGGGUUUCGAUCUCAGUCACGUUCUACAUAGGACACCCAAAGACGAGGAAGGCAAGAUGGAAAUCGAGGUCCCGCUGUCCGUGGUUCGUAACUGGCUCAGGUUUUACGGUCCUUCGGCAAAGCUUCCCGAAGCGAAAGAGCUUCCUGUCCCAGAUUACGACGUCUCCAUGGGGAAAAAACGCGUGUCGGAUGUGGACUUUCUCCCGACAGACUACGAAACAACUCGUAGUCCUCAAUGCCAGAGCUCAGCUGAGGACCUGAGGCUAAGGAACAAACCAGGACUCAUGCCAAACGCUCAGGCAGAUCACCACCAGGAGAGCCACCUCACCAGCUGCAAGACUUCCGGUGGUCUUCUGAGAAAAGUCGGAGGUGGCCGGAACGUCUGGCCACUCGACCAGCUGGAUAUUAAUAAGCCAUACAAGCUCAACUCAACAGAUUUCUGGGAUGCCUGUUCCAAAGAGACGACGGCUCCCCGCAGUCCGGUGAAACCCGAAUGCAGUCCCCCGAGAAGGUCUUCCAAGUUCUACAUGGAAGACCUGCUGCAGAGAGGGAGGCAGAGGUUGGAAGUGGAGCCUUCAGCUGUGCUGAUGCUGAACUCCAGCCCCACGUCCAGGUUUCCUCUGACCACCGACGAGAUGAUGAAGCUGCAGAACAUCAUCUCAAGUUCAUCGUGACGAUCAGGGAAGGACCUCCAACAGCACAUUCAACUGCCUCCCAUUAUUAACUCAACUCAAAGCGCCUUAUUAGCGUCGUUGCGCAUCCGGAUGACGUCUAUGCGUCAUUAACAAAGAACAGCAGGAUGGCAAACUCAGCAGUUUGAAUGGACAUAUUAAAGUAAUUUGCAUGAUUUUCAGUAUCAAUGGCACAAACAUGAGGGAAAACGUAUAGGCAUAAACAUUGUAAAUCAUGCCUAAUAUACUUAAUUAACCCAGUGUCAUAACAAAUAUCAGAAGAUGGAGAUUGAAGUCAUGCACGUUCAAAAAUAAAAGAUUUUCACUGUCUUUUAUUCUGCUUAAAAUUAAGUUUAUUCUUUUUUUUACAUUUGGAAUUUACUGUAAAGAUGCAAAUUAAUUU